CUCAACAGGGACGUCGGCAACUCUUUCGCAUCCAUUAAAAGAUUCAAAUAUGUAGCAUCACAAUACACCUCUGAUCAAAUACCUUUUUUCUCUAGCACAAGAAACCAGAGUACUCAGAAGAUUUCGCGCAAGCUCAAUUACACGCGCUAGCAUCUUUCCAAUCCUGUACAUAACGCAAGCGACCAAAAGCAACCGACAAUGUCGCAAAAAAUCACUUCCAAAAACCUAACCUACGACAACUCUCUUCCCCCAUUCCUAGCGCGCCUCCGCGGGCAAGCCACAGCACACAGCGGGCCCGACCCCAUCCUCGCAGCGCAUCGACGGCCAGGGCAGAAGCGGUCCGCCUCAGAAGAAGCCGAAGACGCGCCCGUGGUCGUGGACGAAGCAGGCAACGUGAUAUCCUUUCCUGAAGAAGACGAGAAACCAGAGACCAGGGAAGAGAACGGCAAAUCAGAUACCAACACACAAAAUGACGAGGAGAGCGCUCUCGCCCAGGGCAAAGAGAAGGAAAAGGAGAAAGUAGCUGGUAUAGGCGGUUCUCGCAAGCGCAAAGUAGGCCGCGUGAUCGGCGAGCAGCAGCACUCAGACGACGAGAAGAUGAGAACGACGAAGAAGAAGAACGGCAAUGUCGACGACGACAUAGCGAAGGCCAGCGCAGAAGUGCGCAACCUCAUCGGCGACGGCGGGCCCGACCCAGCAAAGGCGCUAAUUGAGAAGCCAAAGGAGGCGCCACAGAAGACCGUCAAGAGCACCAAGAAGAAACCUGCGAAGAAGAUCAAGCUCAGCUUCGGCGAUGACGACGGCGAAUGAGGUCUCCUACUCAAGCUGUAUCGCUAUUAAAAGUAGGCCAGCUACUACAUGUGUCGACCUCUAUCCGUUUCGAAAAUCGCAGGGAACAGCGCGUUAAUGCCUUGAUUCUCGUAAGACGAGAGGCUCACCGUUGACGACACUGACCGACCUGGCCAAUUGGCCCGGUACGAAGCAACUACGCUAUUCCACCGCCGCAUUCGCGAUUUAGCAUAGGCUAGAUACACCACAGCGCGUUUCGCGGAAAGGAGACGACACAGCGUCGGCUCUAACCAGGCAGAAGACUAGUGAUAGCAUGGAGCCGCAUUUAGAGGCGCCGAUAACUAAUGUUCCAUAACCUGUCUGCUCUCGUGGAUCCAGAUGAAUGGAACAGCAGGCUCAUGGUGUUUGGCAGACACCUUCAGCCAGGACACUAGGUAGUGUUAAUAGCUAAUUUCUUAGCCCGUUGCGAGUAGAUCAUACGAUUCACCGAAUGAAGUUCUACCUAGAUCCCAAGUGUAAGCGGU